AUGCUAUUGGAAUUAAGAAGAGUUAGUAAAACGAUUUUAAUUUAAUUUUUAUUCAAUAAUAUGGGAUUAUGUAUAUCUACAAAAGAAGGCGAAUAACAAAUGAAUGAGGAAUUAAUGAAAGCACCUAUAGCUACAUAUGAAUAAAUAGAAGAGAAUGGUGAGUAAUUGUUUGUUGAUGAUAACCAAGAUGCAAUAUUAAAAUUGUCAGAUUUUCAAUUUGAAAAAGUUUUAGGAAGAGGAUCAUUUGGAAAAGUGAUGUUAGUGACACAUAAAUCAACAAAUAAACUAUAUGCUAUGAAAAUAUUGAGAAAAGAGAUGAUUGAAAAGAGAAAUUAGAGAUUACAUAUGUAGAAUGAAAGAACAAUUCUCGAAAAUGUGAAGAAUCCUUUUAUUGUAUAAUUACAUUAUGCAUUUUAAACAAAAACUAAGUUAUAUUUAAUAAUGGAUUUUCUAAUAGGAGGUAUUAUUUACGUACAAUAAUUUUAGGGGAAUUGUUUUUUCAUUUAAGAAGAGCAUUUCGUUUUUAGGAAGAAAGAGCAAAAUUCUAUACAGCUGAAUUAGUUUUAGCAUUAGAAUAUUUGCAUAAAAGUGAUAUUAUUUAUAGAGAUUUAAAACCAGAAAAUAUUUUAUUAGAUAUAGAAGGACAUCUGAAAAUAACAGAUUUUGGUUUGUCUAAAAUUAAUGUUAAGGGUGAUGAAAAAACAAACACAUUUUGUGGUACACCUGAGUAUUUGGCACCUGAAAUUCUAUUAGGUGGAGGACACAAUAAAUCUGUAGAUUGGUGGAGUUUAGGUGCUUUACUUUAUGAAAUGCUUGCGGGUGCACCACCUUUUUAUUCAAAAGAUAAAACAUAAAUGUUUAAAAAUAGACUUGAAAAACCUAUAGAAAUGAAAGAAUGGUUUUCAAAUGCUGCUAGAUCAGUAUUGAAUGGAUUAUUAUAAAAUGAUGUAAAAUUUAAAAAUAUUAUUAGCCGACAAAAAGAUUAGGAGCAAAUGGAAGUUAAGAAAUUAAAGAUCAUGAAUUCUUUAGAGAAAUCGAUUGGGAUAAAUUAUAUAAUAAAUAAAUUUAACCGCCUUUUAAACCAAAAGUUUUUGGUCACAAAGACUUAAGACAUUUUGAUGAUAUGUUUACUUAAGAGCCUCCUUAAGAUACUCCCAUAAAUAAAAUGCAGAAAUACGAAACUUAUGAAAGGUUUACUUUUGUAAAAACUAAUGAAAUUAAUGAUUUAAAUAAAGAUGAAGAAAAGUUUAUUGAAGUGAAUGAAAACUUUAAAUUAUAAAAAAUUUGAACUA